GCCUCUUCAUUUCUUUUCCUUUGGCUUGGUCUACACUACUAGUACACUACUCUUCUAUUCUGUCAUAUCCAAGUCUCAACUCAACUCAACUCAACUCAACUCAACUACCACCACCACCAAGCAAGCAUCAUGAGCGGCGAAAUUCCCAUUUUGAGCGACGACGAAUAUCUGCCGGUAGACUACCAGCACAAGGGUCACACGGAGGAUACCGUUUAUGUGGAAAUUGAAGAUCGCGAUGGGGAUGCCUACUACGACGACGAAGAAGAAAUGCAUGUGGUCGGUCUGGUGGCCAUUAUCUUUGUCUGUGGCCUCUUCCUGACGGGGGUCCUGUUCUUUGUUCUCGUGCGACACGAUCGCAGAAACCGAGAACAAAAACGAGCUCAGUUGGAAGCCGUGCGGGGUGGUAGUACUCGUAUGAGUAGUGCUAGAAGUAUGCAAGCAGGGUCCCAACGUUUGUCGUCGUCUGCGGCGUCGCAAAUCAAGUCGGGCCAAGAUCGUGUGGACCAAAUUGAACAAGGUCUCGUGGUACAAACUUGGAUGGCCGAAGUGCAUCCCGAAGAAGCCAAGACGGACGAAGACGAUCCAGCAUCAGCAGAUCAGCACAACUAUUACAGUAGUCGAGAUUCUUGUCCCAUUUGCAAACGAGGAUUCGACACGGGAGACAUGGUCUGUAGCUCGCGCAGUGACAAGUGCCGUCAUUCCUUUCACAAGACGUGCAUGUUCAAUUGGUUGCAGUAUCAGACGGCUUGUCCAGUCUGCAAUGAGGAAUACUUGGUACCGCCGACAACAGGUGAACACGCUGCGUAAGGCAUCAGUUGGCAAAACGAGAAGAAAGGCAAGAACUGUCGGAGUAAUUGGCUGUGGAGGCUACAGGAUAGGAGGACAACGCAACAACACGCAUUUCCAUUUCAGCAUUUCAUUUUCUGUAUUCUUUGAAUGGUC